AUGCUAAUUCACACUGGUGAUCGUCCCCAUAUUUGCAAAAUAUGUGAUAAGACAUUCACACGUUCGAGUAACUUGAAUCAACAUAUGCUAAUUCACACUGGUGAUCAUCCCCAUAUUUGCGAAAUAUGUAAAAAGGCAUUCAAAAAUUUGAAUGAUUUGAAUAAACAUUCACUUAUUCACACUGGUGAAAGUCCCCAUAUUUGCAAAAUAUGUAAAAAAGCAUUCACACAAUCGGGUAACUUGAAUCAACAUAUGCUAAUACACACUGGUGAACGCCCCUAUAUUUGCAAAAUAUGUAAAAAGGCAUUCACACAUUCGAGUAACUUGAAUAAACAUAUGCUAAUUCACACUGGUGAUCGUCCCCAUAUUUGCAAAAUAUGCGAUAAGGCAUUCACAGAAAUGGGUAACUUGAAUAGACAUAUGGUCAUUCACACUGGAGAAUGCCCUUACAAAUGCAAAAUCUGUGAUAAGAUAUUCAAACGUGCAGAAGCCCUGAAAAGGCACAUGGGUGCUCAUACCAAUGAGUAA